UUUGAAUGUUUUGAAAUAAGGUGCGUCGUGUUUCGCGCGUUGUUCGUACAAAAUCUUGCAAUAAAAAUGUUGCCCGAACUUCAGGAGUGCAUUAAAACGGUACAGGAUAAUCUGUACCAUGGUUUCAUACCGACGGAUAAAAGCGGACUUCAAUGGCUAAAUUCCGUAUGCGCUGAUUUGUACCGUCUUCUGCGGAUCGUGCACAAGCACCUCAUCUUUGAUGGAAACGGCAACGUAGGAGUGCUAGAGGCGUGCUUCCUUUGCAUCUCGCAGAUCGUCAUGUGCAUCCGUUGGCUGGAGAAAACGAUCUCAACUGAACUGAAUACAGCAAGCAAACGUCAAGGCUUAGCACAAGCAAGGCAAUGCUUCCUGGACCGCAUUAUCUGGUGUCUGGAGCGGCUUAAAUCUGUGCUGGAAACGGAAAUUUCACCCGAAAGUAUUUCUGAUUCCAACUUUGUCAGCUAUCUGGAUUUAGCGCUCAGCCUGAUAGCUCCUCUAACCGUUGCCAGCGAUGCAGUGUGUCCGGAGGAUGAAUAUGAAACGAAGUACAACGAAGUCAUCGUGGAGAGUGGUCGAAUCCGUACCGUCGUUGAAGCAUUAAUAUCGCAAACGUUCGGGUUUUGCAACGUGCUGCCUGACGAUGAUAGAAAACGCAUAACUAAGAUUUGUCAAAAAGUUCUCAAGGAAUGUAUAGCACUAGAGCGGGAAAACGAUGGGAAGGAUUCGAGCGACAAAAAGCUGCGUGUAAGCAUUCUUGAAAGUGCCAUCUAUCAGUUGGAAAAUCACGUCAACGAAUGCCUCAUACGGCUGGUGUACGACACAUUCGGUGACAACGAUCGCAGAUUACUCACGCAACUAAGAACUAACAUCAGUUCCAGCGUAAGCGAGGAACAAAUUGAUGAGCUUACGAAACCGUUCGAUAAUUUCGUCGAGCGCUUGAUGCAAAUAGGGCUAUUCGCCAUAUCGUACGCCGAUAAUAUGAAAAUUUCGGCCGCAAUUCGUAGCUGCCUGGCUUCACUGGAAGCACUAGAUUCGUAUCUUAUUCCCUCGCUGUACGUAGGAACGGACAGCAAUUCGAUGGUGCUGGAAAAACACUGGCUCGAAGAAUCGGCAACGUUGUGUGUGCUGGUGCAUAGAAUAAUCGACACCAAUGCAUUUGCUUUAUCAUUAAUAGAGCUGUUAGAUGGAGCACUGGAUGCAUUGCAGCAAAGCUUUAACCUACCACAAGCGCUCGAAAUGAUCCGCAAGGCGGAAAUAUUUCAACACCAUCUCGAAAUCAAUGCUAUCGAUGUUAAUUUGCAGGAUGAAAUACUUAACAUCCAUUACGGUGAUUAUCGCACGAUGGUACUGGAAUGCCGAGCUAUCGUAAAAUGUGCCGAACGGGACGCAAAUAUUGACCCGUCGCGUAUUAUAAAACGAUUCCGAGUGCUUCAGGCGAAAUUGCGCAAAAUUCAAAUGGCAAUUAACACUGACAAGGAUGUAAAAACCGGUCCCGCGGAAGAUGUUACAUCGCACAGGCAUGAUGUAUCGUCAAAUACACCGGAACCAUCCCCGGAACGACGCACGAUUGAAGCAAACUUGCAGGAACUGUUUUCUGCCAGCCAAGUACGCAUGUCGUCCACCAACAUACUGUACCGCAGCCGUCGUGGUGAACCGGGAAAGAGAAGAUUAGAAGCAGCAUCUUUGCUUGAGCUUAACACAUUUUCCGAUAUUAUUGCUCACCGAAGGGAUCGUGCCGUUACGUCUCCCGAGAAGGGUUCGAUCAGAAAGAAGCCAUUAAGAAGAAACAGCCUUCGUGUGGCAAUGUUUAAAAAGCAACAACGUGAUCAAACGGCAGAAAUGUAUGAGAGCAUUAAAAGUGACAUCGAUUUGGAGAUUACAGUCAUUCUCGAUGAGUUAACCGACUUAUCGAACACGUUCUCAACGCAUCCUUCAAGUAAGUUAACACCUUCUGAAGAUAAUCCAUCAACGACGAUUAUACGUAAAUCUAUCACCAACGAGGAGAUAGCGGUCGUGGAUGAUAAUAAAAUAAGAAUCAACAUAUACACGGAUAUAUGAAAAGAGGGUACCAUGUUCAGCAGGAUAAAACUGAAUCUGAAGGUAAUGUAAUGAAUCAACGUCCAACAUUGCGAUUAAAUUGAUCGGUUAAAUGAUCACUAACUAUAUAAUGGGUUGUCGUCACAUAUGUAACAAUGAUCAACCGACAAAUGAUUGUUUGUAUUAAACAUUCGUAGAAUUUAUU